AUUAAAGAUAUUAAAUACUAAAUAGUUAAUUUGUAAUAAUGUGUAGCUGAGUAGCUGUAAUAAAUAAUAAUGUAGAUGAGCAGGAGGCAGCCGUCCAGAUAUUGUUAUUUUAUGUGGUCCAGUGGUCCUGUCCAGGACUCACCAUAAGACAAAUAUACAGUUACUCCAAUAAAUAUAAAUUGCAAUAAGUCUACGUUAUUGUGACGCCAUACCGUACUUAGAACAUACCAUAACGUUUUGAUAAUAUAAUAGAAGAAUAUUGACAUUUUUACAUAGGUGAAUUAACAUUGUUUGCAUUUGAAAUGAAUUCAACUGAAAAAAUUUUAAAAACAUUAAGUACAGAUCAAAUUUCCCAAGUUGUUGCUGGUGUGCAAGCAGAUUUGGAUGAUGAAAUGGUCAAAACAAAACGAACACUAGAUCAAAUUGAUCAAAAUAUUUUCACUUGUAUCAACAAUUUAAAAAAACUCAGAAGAAGCAUCAUAAUAUCACAUUAUGCUAAAAUGAAAAAUAAUACCGAUGGCAAUAAAAACUAUCAAAGGGAUGCCCUUCUCAAAAACUUGGAUUGUGAAGACGAAGCAAAAGAUUUGAGUGUAUUUAUGACAAAUCUGAGUAAUGCAUCGACACGAGUGAAAACUGAACCUAUGAGCAACAUUGAACAACUAAGCAAAACUGUCUCACAAAAUGCUUUGCCUUCUGGAAGCUUUAUUCCUAAGACUGGAUUAAUUGAAUUAACAUUUGUUAUUGGAAAUAUUGUUAAAAUAAGUGAUUCUGAAAAUGAAAUGAAAUACAAAUGGACUGUUUAUGUACGCAAUGCAGAAGAAGGUGUUGACAAUUUGGUUUACAUUGACAAAGUGACAUAUUUCUUACAUGAAUCCUAUGAACCCAACCAUAUUGUAGAUGUAAUUAAAAAACCAUUUUCAUUAACAAGACAUGGAUGGGGAGAAUUUGUAAUUCGUUUACGUUUGCACUUCAAAGGUAACAUGAAUGUUCAAACUGAUGUGUAUCAUAAACUGUGCCUGAAUAAAGACAUAACAGUCGGUAUCCCGAUGGUUGCUAAGGAGCAAACUGUGAAGUACAAAUUAUUGCUGCACAAAUAGUAUGUUUUUAUAAUGUAAAUUUAGUUUUUGUAAAUAUUGUGUACAUAGAAUAAUAACUAUGAAUUAUGAUGUAUUGAACCAUAAAAUUAUACUCUACUUUUAAUUGUAACUAAGUAAAUACAUUAAAAAAAACUGAUACAAAACAAAAGCUUUUAAAUUAUUAUUGAUUUGAUUCUAUAGUACUUCAGUUAGAAUUAAUAAGUAUCUAAUAUGUUAAUUAUACAUUUAUUACCUUAAUUUUUACAACCAAUACCACCUAUAUGUAUAUUGUUUUACCCAUCUCCUAUAAAUCUACAAUAUUACUAACUUAUAUUAAAAGGUUAU